AAGCCGGUACACAAAUAUUUCUUCAAAAUAUUUGUACAGGCUAAGCUAGUAACUACUCAAAAAUGAUUGGUUCUAAGUCAUUUUCUGUUUUUAUUUUGUUGAAUGUAAUACUAGUGUUUUUCACUUGUGUUUCAUCUCAUAAUGUACCAUGCCCUCCAACUCCAAAGAGUAAGCCAGUGACUACAUCCCCAACAAAAGCCCCAGCUAAGUGUCCCAAAGAUACACUAAAAUUUGGUGUGUGUGGAGAUUGGCUAGGGCUGAUUCAUGAGGUAAUUGGGGCAAAACCAAGUAGUCAAUGUUGUGCUCUUUUGGAAGGGAUAGCAGAUGUUGAAGCUGCUUUGUGUUUAUGCACUGCCAUUAAGGUCAAUGCUUUGGGGGCCCUUAACCUCAAAAUUCCCAUUGCUAUCAGUUUGGUUCUUAAUUCUUGUGGAAAGAAAGUGCCCAAAGGCUUUAAAUGUGCUUGACGGUUUAAAGUAGCGUACCCAGAAUUUUAGGCAAAUGUCAUCUAUUGUUGCAAUUCAGCUUGUAAAUGGGUUCGGAUCUAGCAUCAAUAUAAUUAUGUUGUUCUUGUGGCUUUA